AUGGCCACUGAAGCUCUUCGAGCAGAAAAUCCGGAUUCUUUAGAAGCUCUUAACCGAGAAGCGGAGGACCUAAAAUCUAAGUUGGAAGAAGAAAAGGACAAACUAAACGAUGUAGACAUGUGUGUUCUUGGACAGAGACUGGAUAGUCUGCCUCCACUGAACAUCAAACCACGGCGCGUGUUGAAAGGUCACCAAGGAAAAGUUCUCUGCAUGGACUGGUCCUCUGACAAACGACACAUUGUUAGCUCCUCGCAGGAUGGAAAGAUGUUGGUAUGGGAUGCAUUCACAACAAAUAAGGAACAUGCUGUUACCAUGCCAACAACGUGGGUGAUGGCCUGCUCUUAUGGACCCUCGGGAAGUGUUGUUGCGUGUGGAGGCCUUGAUAACAAGUGUACGAUAUAUCCUCUGAGUCUGGAUGAAGACCCGGCAACAAAGAAGAAGGCCGUAGCCACUCAUACCAGCUACUUGUCAUGUUGUUCCUUUACCUGUUCUGACUAUCAGAUAUUGACAGGAAGUGGUGACAGCACCUGUGCAUUGUGGGAUGUUGAGAGUAGUCAGCUGAUUCAGAGUUUCCAUGGCCACGCUGGUGAUGUCAUGAGUAUCGAUCUUUCCCCAACUGAAACCGGAAACACCUUUGUAUCUGGGGGCUGUGAUAAGGUUGCGAUGGUAUGGGACAUGAGGACUGGGGACUGUGUGCAGGUGUUUGAUGGUCAUGACUCGGACAUCAAUAGUGUCAGGUUUUAUCCUAGUGGAGAUGCAUUCGCUACGGGAUCAGAUGAUGCAACGUGUCGUCUGUUUGACCUGCGAGCUGAUCGAGAAGUUAAUUGCUACAAGAAGGAGAGUAUCAUCUUUGGGUGUAAUGCAGUGCACUUCUCUGUCAGUGGUCGUCUGUUGUUUGGAGGGUACAAUGAUUACACCAUCAACAUAUGGGAUGUUUUGAAAGGGACCAGACUCAAUAUCCUCUAUGGCCACGAAAAUAGAGUUACCUGCCUUGGAGUGUCACCAGAUGGCACUGCUCUCUGUACAGGAAGUUGGGACUACACACUAAGGGUUUGGGCAUGAUGAAACUGGUUGAUCAGAUUGCAGAAACACUUCAUUACGACAAACUACAAACUAUGACAAACAAGCCGGAGUCAGCCGUGCAUGCUAACUUGUGGCAGUUCACAAUACCUACACAGACUGAGCUUGCAGCACGCCUGAAAACCAAGCAUCUCAACUGCAAACAACCAUUGAAUAUUAUUAUUAUUAUUAGUGCAGCAUAAAAUAGAGAGUAUUUAGAAACCAUCCUUUGAUAGUAUGAGUGUAAAAUGUUUAUAUAACAAAAUUAAUGGGGGUUUUGUUGUAUGAACAAAACAUAGAUCAUUUAUGCAUAAUAGAAGUGAAUGAUUAAAUACCAGAACAUUAUAAAUCAUUUAUGCAUAAUAGAAGUGAAUGAUUAAAUAACAGAACAUUAUAAAUCAUUUAUGCAUAAUAGAAGUGAAUGAUUCAUUCCCUACAUGGUAAGUGUAACCAGUGGCGUAGCGAGGGGGCAGGCAGGGGGUCCAUGCCCCCCAAUCAAUUGUUUUUUAAUGUAUUAAAUUUUAUAAAAUUAUAUACAUAGUAUAUACAUAGUGUGGGUUGCUCCCCACACCCCCCUCCAAUAUAAAAACCUGGCUUGUAUAUCAACUAGCAGACGUACUAAUAUUUUUCUUUCUUUUUUUUUAAAUUGUGUUAACAAAGCUGGACUAUGUAUAUGUCACUAAUUUUACUUCAGGGGACCAUGGCGAUUAUAAAUUUGUCUAACUGCCGUACACCAAAGCUUAUAUUUACCAUAAAAUUAUGCAUCUGUUGCAGAUCAAAUCAAAACCACAAAGUUAGAUUAAUUUUGCAGUAUCCCUCUCUGGUAUCUGUUGACACUGAAUUACCUGGUAUGUGUGAAACGUAUUAAAAUGAAAGAGAAACAACAAAACUGUAUGAUGCACUAAACAUUUGACAGAAUUAUGGAUGAUGAUGUGUUUUUGUUCUACAAAGGACCACAAUGUUGUUUUGCUUGUUAUUGUUUCAUUCCUAAGCAUCAUUAUAUUCUUUAAAAAGGACAGAAUAACCUGUAAAGCAUAUGUCUGGACCAAUAUGCAAAUGUCGGGGCCAAUAUGUCGAGACUAAUAUGCAUAUAUCUAGGCCAAUAAUUUAACUAACCUGUCGGCACAUUUCUAAAACUUUUAAUGUUUUAAAGAUGGCAAAGUAAAUAUAUAUAUAUAUAUAUAGAAACACUUAAUUGUAUAGACAAUUGUCUUCAGUGGCAUAGUGGUUGUGCCUUCAGCCAGAAGGCUUGUAGGUACUGGGUUCGAAUCCUGGUACCGGUUCCCACCCAGAGUGAGUUUAAUGCCACCACACCGACUUGUCUCUCAUUUACCACAAACAACUAACCGUUAACCCCUGUCCUGUUUUAUUUAAUGACACCUUUUUAUUUACCAUGUAUGGUGUUGAUUGUAGGGUUAAGAACCGUACAAAUAACAAGAGAGGAAACCCGCUGCUGCCAUUCUGGGCUAUUCUUUUUUCAAUUAGAAGCAAGGGAUCUUUUAUAUACCCUAUUGCACAUACAGGAUAAUAGGCUACAUACCAUGGCCUUGUUACGCCAGUUAUGGCGACGUUAAUUGGAUAUAGUGGUAAGCACGGAAAUACAUUUUAAAAGCAAUUAAGGUGUAAUGGUAGAUUUAUUGUCCAGAAUUUUGUUAUGCUUGAUAAAAAUGUGACUUCCCAAGAGAAAUGUUCUCACAAACAGAAGAAAAGGAGAUGUGAUCAAGUACAUUGAGACUUCAGCAUAAUGCAGGUGUUUUAAAUUUUAGUCCUGACCUGCACCCACCAUCAUCUCCCCACACCUGCACCUCUGGUGCAAAUCUAGGUCAUGUAGUGGUACAAAGAAAUCUCUCAAAACCGGACCCUCUGUAAACAGAAAUUCCCUCAAAACCGGACGUUUUUUGCGACCCCCUUUUAAAUAUAUGUACAGAAGAGAACCUUUCUAAACCAGAUAGCCCUUAAAACUGGACGUUUUUCUUAGUCCCAAGGAUGUCUGGUUUAGAGGAGUUUCACUGUAGUAGUACUACUGAUUUUGGACUAGGUGGCAUCAACGUGGACCAUUGUUCUCAUAUAUCAUGUGCAAUAUUUUUACUUGUUUAUUUUGGAGUCGUUAACAAAAUGUUUAUCAUUUUGGGAAAUAUGUAUAGCAUUUAUGUUUUGAUGUUAGUACAUGUGUAUUUUAAUUAUGACGAUAACUGAUUGAGAUGUUCAUCAAUGCACAAGAAAGUUAAUAUGCAAGUCUGUUGAGAGGAGUCUGUAUAUUUAGAAAUUUGAUUUUAUAUUUUGUUGUAUCUUGUUGGUGUUCUUAGUUAAAGUCCUGAUUAAAAUUAUACAUAACCAUGUUUUUGCUUGGGGCAUACGAUUCAUAAAAAUCAAGAGAAUGGAUCCUGAAAACCAUAUUAACAUUAUGAUAACCUGUGACUACAUACAAACAACAGACAUAAAUAAAUAAAUAACAAAAGGUUGCCUUCUAUAGAUGAAAAGUUAUUCUUUGUUAUAAAUCACAUCAAAAUGUUUGCAAAUGUGAAGAAAAAAACACCUAUAUGAAAUGAUUGCAAGCUUUACCUGUCGUUACACCAGGGACCAGGCACAUGUGAACACACCUGUUAAAGUCUAACCAUAUCAUUUGUAGUAUAGUCAGUGGUGGAUCUAGGGAGGUGGGGGGGGGGGGGGGUCCCCUAAAUGUUACAACAGUUCUGUUUUUAAUUAAUUAAUUUAUUUUUUAUGUUUGAGAAUGCAACAAAUCCCUUCUGGAAUGUUUGUGGCCUUCGGUCACAUGUCAUUGCCCCCCCCCCCCCCCCCACCCCCCCAAAUCAGUUUUCUGGAUCCAUCGCUGACUGUCUUGAUGAUUUUUUAUCUGUAAAAGCUAACUUUUUAACAUUUAUUACACCUGUGGUUUGUAUGAUGUAGUAAUAUAUUGUUGAAAUGUUAAUGCAGUUUUCAGGUUUUCAUUUGGGCGAUUUUCAAGAAUCAAAAGUAAUAAGCGAAAACAAAUGGUUGGGUAUAAUUUUGAUUACCACUUUGAUUAGUAUUCAUGUUUAUAGAAAAAGGUAGAAUAAUACCUGUGUAUACAUAUAAUUCUGUAUAUUAAAUAACUAGUUAAUACUUAAAGAUAAAUAAACAUCUACAAUUUACAAAGCCUGUUCAUGUCUUAGACACAUGCCACUGCAUACAUUUACAAUGCUUAAACAUCCAUGUUUAAGAAAAACAGGCUUCAUAAAUUCAGCCCCUAGUGUUCAAAUUUGUAGUAUACACUUUAAGGUAUCUUGACUAAAGUCUUAAUCAAAAUUAUACUUGAUUAUUUUUUGCUUAUUACUUAUGAUUCCUGAAAUUCUUUGGAAUGAAACCUGUAUUAGCAUUAUGUUGGCCUGUUACUUUAUAUAAAAAAAUAUAAACGAGACAUUUAAAAAAAAAAAAAAAUCUUUUUAAAUUGCAUUGUUAAAGAUUUUAGUUUUUUGUUUUUUUUAAGAAACCUAUAUAAAUACAGAAUAUAUGAAACAGACUAUAACAAGAAUGUAAUCAUUGCCUUGCUGUUGUAAUCACAUAUAGAUCUGUAAGUGUAAUGAUGUCAUAUAAUAUCUAUAGUCUCUUUCAAAAUUUCUAUCUUUGUAUGAUAUUGUUAGAAAAAAGUGCAACUUUUUAAACUGCAGAUUUUAACUUGGUUCACAAAAGUAACUAGCUUUAUUAUAAUGCUUUGUGUAGAUGUUAUGUUUAAACCAGGUUAAAAUACUGUGCAUGUUGGUGCAAUAGAAAGAUACCUAACAAACCAGUGUUUAUGUACCUAAUGUUUCCAUGUUUAUAGUAUAACCAUGACUACGGUAUAUUUGUUGUGUCUCACAAAAAUAUCCUUCUUUUACACUGGGUCCUUUUAAUACAAGUUCAUCUGUACAUAAAUGAUGGAGUACUUAACCACAUAUAGGAACCGUUUUGUAUGCUUUUUUUAUACACAUUUUAUGUUGAGUUUUGUUUUGUUUUUAACAUAACAUCUGAUGCAGAAUGAUGUUGUCAAACAAAUAAAUGUUUACAUAGAAAUAUGUAAGCAAAAACUAUUUGUAAUCAAUCUCAACAGUUCUGUUUGUUUCAGAACUGAUUUUUAAACUGAAGCAUAAUAUUAUUUUAGAAAGCUUUUAGUCAUUAUAAACAACCAUGUUUUAGAUUUUCUAGUCAAUAUAUACAUGUAUUUGCAAUUCUAUUCAUUUAACAUGAAUUUCUAGUCAUUAUACUUGAAUUUCUAGUCAUCAGUAUUUAUUCAUUGUUUAUAUUAAUUGUUUGUUUUUAUGUUGCAUCGUUUUGUUAUUUAUUUCUUAUUUUUGCUCAUAAGGCUUUUUUAAGCCUUGAUGCUUUACGAAGCACCCUCAGUUGAUAAUGUCUGAAAUAGUCCAGGACCCGUGCUUAUAAAACUUAAAGUCCAGACUUUAACGUAAUGCUAUUUGAAUGGCGUUGCCAUGACAUUAAAGUCUGGACUUUAAGGUUUAUAAGCACGGGGCCUUAUCUCAUUUCUUAAAGAGAUUGUCCUCAGAUUGCUGCCAUUAUAACAGAGCCUUUUUAACCACUAAAUUUACAUGUUCAAUACAUCUUCUUAUUUUGGAAGAUCAGUGUCUGUACAUUUAAUGCAUUUGUAGUAGCCCAAAAUGUUUGUCCAUACAGAAUGAAAACGAAAUUUGAGCUCCUUUAAACAUUAGGAUGAUAAGAAAUGCAGAGACUAUAAAUUGACUUGAUAUUUUAAAAUCAUAUAAUACCUAGCUUUUCCAGUGCAAUCAAAGUACGGUAGGUGAUAUUUUCACAUCACAUACUUUGAGAAUUUGAUAACUGCAAAUUUGAUGUAAAUUAAUAGAGAUCACGACACAACAUUUCAAACAUUUCAAUAGCAACUUUACACUGCAAGCUGUCCAGCGUUCAGAAAAUAUAUUUUUUUUAAGCAAUAGUUUUUUUUAUUGUGUAAGGAUAUCCAAAAUGACAUCAUUCACAUUUUAUGUCAUUUCCAUUUAAAAAUAAACUGCACCACAUAUUCUUACAUCAUUUGAAUAUCGUGUAAUGGCUGACAGGAAUUAAAGCUGCAUAUACUGUUUACAAAAACAGUUUGUAUUAAGCUUGAGAUUACAUGAUAAAGAGAUUAUUACCCUCAUGUGUUUCGGUAUCAACAAUAUCAUAUAUUAGGAAUAAAAAUGGUAUUAUGCAAGCCUCUGG